GUAGGUGGGACUUAUAUUUGUUAUUUGGCAUCCCUACAAUUGAAACAGAUGCUAUAAUAUUGACGUCAUUGACUAAUUGCAUUUAAAUGGGAUGUCUAGUUUGCUCAGGUGCAAUCCACGUGUUUAAAGAAUUAGAGGGAAACUGUUCCCCUCACAAUUGCAUAACUAGUGUCGUUCUAUGUUCCGAAACCGGUCGGGUACAACCUCAUUUUUUGUCCUGUAAUAUGAAACUUAUUUUGCGCUACAGUUUGGAACUUUUGGUUUCGUUUUUUCUCGUUCAAUUUUUUCAUUCUACUAAAUGGUUUUCUCCCGACGAUCUAUCUAAUAUGAUUUCAAAUCGCCCGUUAAUUAAGUUGGAUCGAAGUGAGCAAUCUAAUCUUUCUUUUAACACAGUUAUGGAACCCUACGAUACAAUUCGCGAUGACUUGGCAAGAGAAAUGUUCACCAAUAUAAGAAUAUUGUGCUGGAUCAUGACUGCCCCGAAAAACCAUUGGAAGAAAGCCCGCCACGUCAAGAAUACGUGGGGAAAAAGAUGCAAUAAACUAAUCUUCGUAAGCACGGAAACAGACAGUAGAUUGCCAACCGUUAAGGUAGCCGCUGUCGAAGGGUACAAUAACUUGUGGGGAAAGACGAGGGAAGCCUUUCGAUACAUCUGGGAACAUUAUCGUGAGGAAGCUGAUUGGUUUCUAAAAGCUGAUGACGAUUCGUUCGUCAUUUUGGAAAAUCUUCGUUAUUAUCUGUCCAUAUUCAACACAUCGGAUCCUUUGUAUUUUGGUCACAAGUUCAAGGCUUACAUAAAAAGCGGCUACAUGCAAGGCGGAUCAGGCUAUGUGCUGAGCAAAGAAGCCCUGAGAAGAUUUGUUGAAAUUGGUCUGCAGGACCCAACAAAAUGCAGUACUACUGAAUGGCCAGAGGAUGUUGAAAUCGGUCGUUGUAUGGAGAAUUUGAAAUGCAAAGGGAUGGAUACCAGAGAUUCCUAUGGGAGAGAUAGGUUCCUACCUGUUUCUCUCCCCAUCCAUUUGACUUUGGGUAUAGCAGAGGACACAUGGUUAUGGGACAUGCAUCCUUCUUACUAUCAAAUUGAACGGGGCUUUGACUGCUGCUCAGACACAGCAAUUGGUUUCCAUCAGUUGACUCCAAGUGACAUGUACCUUUAUGAUUAUCUGAUUUACCGAGUGAAUCCGUACGGUGUCAAUGAUGUUCGUUCGGAAAUUCAAUCUAGACCCCAUCCGCCCCCUGAUGUUAAAUUGCAGGAACCAGCAUUUCCUGGUCCGUCCGCGGCAGAUCUCAUCUGGUUGGAGGAAUUGAAGAAGCGUGAACGAACUGAACUUGACAGAUUUAGCCAAACUGAAUCGGAAAACUACUCUGAGGAAAAUUUUCAAGACAACAACAAAUAGCAUUUUUUUGCCAUUUUAUUCUUGUUUAUUAUUUCAACACCCUAAGAAUUGAUAAUUCGCUUGUCUCAUGAAUGUGUGUGUGUGUCUUGAAUGACUGGUUCAUUGAAUGGUUGGGGUGAAAAGUUGCUUUUUCCAAAAUAGUCUAUAUUUUGUAUUCUUUCUGGUUGUCAAAUGUGUUGCUGACUUAAUACAGACCAAGUGAAAAAAACAUCUUU